AUGACGGGCUUUGUCCUCCUGGGCUUCCCAUCCCUUUCGCCCUCAUUCCAGCUGCUCCUGUGCUCCCUCCUUUCCGUUUGCUAUGCCUUCACCUUGCUGGGGAACCUCUGCAUCGUGUGGGCUGUGCUCUUGGACUCUCGGCUCAGCCGCCUGCCCAUGUACAUCCUCCUGGGAAACUUCUCUGGCCUAGAGAUGUGCUACGUAACCACAACGAGGUACAACUCAUUGGAUCAAGUCAACCGUACCAGGGUGACGACGGGAUUUGUCCUCCUGGGCUUCCCAUCCCUUUCGCCCUCAUUCCAGCUGCUCCUGUGCUCCCUCCUUUCCGUUUGCUAUGCCUUCACCUUGCUGGGGAACCUCUGCAUCGUGUGGGCUGUGCUCUUGGACUCUCGGCUCAGCCGUCUGCCCAUGUACAUCCUCCUGGGAAACUUCUCUGGCCUAGAGAUGUGCUACGUAACCACAACGGUACCCAGGAUGCUCUUCGAUCUGACCUCUCCUCUACCAGCUGCCAUCUCUUUCCAUGGCUGUUUCCUCCAGUUCUAUUUUUUCUUUUCCAUGGGAACCACCGAAAGCUUCCUUCUUGCUGCCAUGGCUUUGGACCGAUACUUGGCCAUCUGCCACCCCUUGCGAUACCCAGUGCUUAUGUCUCAAAGGUUCUGCUGCUUCCUGGCAGCUUCCUGCUGGGCCUCUGGCUUUCUCUGGUUUCUGGCCCCCAUCAUUUUGAUUUCCCAGCUCCAUUUCUGUGGCUCCAACGUCCUCGAUCACUUUAUCUGCGACCCAGGGCCACUCUUGGCUUCUUCAUGCACUCCAGCUCCAGGCACAGAACUGGCCUUCUACAGCCUAAGCUCCAUUGCUAUUUUUGGCCCCUUCCUCUUCAUUGUUUGUUCCUAUGCUACUCUUCUCCGGACUGUAAUGAGGCUGCCUUCAAGCGCUGGGAGACGGAAGGCAUUUUCCACAUGUACCUCACAUAUGCUGGUGGUAAGCCUCUUCUAUGGCUCCAUCAUGGUCACCUAUGUAGCCCCGGAAGCUUCAGGAGGAAGCAACAAAGUGGUGACUCUUUUCUAUUCAGUGUUGACCCCUUUGCUCAACCCACUCAUCUACAGCUUGAGGAACAAGGAGAUGAAAGAUGCUAUAAAAAGGACACUAUUCCAGGAAAAUUAG